AUGAGUGCAAAUGGCGAGAUAUCCCUUGAUGGCAGGCCUACAAUCAUAGUAGAACACCUCGACCCCGAACUCGAAGACUGGCAAGCAUUGGAGUACAAGUGCAUCUCUGAAGAAUGCACAAACUCAGCUCCUCAGUGGCAUUUUCUCCUCUCAGGACUUCCUUCUGCCUCAGACGUUGGCAAGCAGCUAUCGCUUCCCGCGACGAGUCUCACAGAGCAAAGCGUAGAGACUCUAUACCAGGGCGAUCGACGAAGCAAAGUCUGCCUACUUGACCCGAAGGCUGAGAAGGACUUGAGUCCAGAGGACGGCGAGAGUUUCGAUGUGUUCUUAUUCGGCGGCAUACUGGGAGAUGACCCGCCACGAGAUCGGACUGGCGAGCUGCGAAAGAUGGGCUUCGCCGGACGGCGCCUGGGUACCGAGCAGAUGACGACGGACACUGCCGCGAGGGUUACGAGGAUAGUGGUAGCUGAUCGUCAACACCUAAACGACAUCUCGUACGUCGACCGGCCAGACAUUGCUCUGCCAGCGAGCUCGGGUGAGGGCGAGGCUUCCUCCGAGAGCGUCAGCAUGCCGUUUCGCUAUGUGAAAGGCAAGGACGGGAAGGCGGUCAUGCCGAAGGGCAUGCUUGACCUUCUGGCAAGCGACGCGGACAAGGAUAUCAUGGAUUUGCUUUGA